AAGCUUUAAAGUCAGUACUGCUUGGCCAUGCUUAUCAAAAUAAGAAUGACUUUAACAUUCUGGUCUCAAGAAGGUUUAGCUGAUCAAAUGCUGAUUUCAUUGAAUUGUCAGUACUUUUAAGUAACGACCAUUGUCUUUCAACACUAUAAAAGAAAAAAAAAAAAAAAGGAGGGUUGGUGGCCUUGUUGCUUCCCUGUGAGAUGUGGGGCUGUUCUUGGAGGAGGCUGGGCAGCUGAGCCAGCACCAAGGCCAGCACAGUGGUAGCAGUUGGACUGACCAUUGCAACUGCAGGAUUUGCAGGCCACUGUGUUUUACAAGCCAUGAAGCAUGUGGAGCCUCAAGUAAAACAAGUUUUUCAAAGUCUACUGAAAUCUGUCUUCAGUGGUAAUUAUUACAGAGCUGGGUUUGAACCCAAAACGACCGAAUGGGAAGCAGUACUAAUACUAGGUGUAAGGGAAAAUAAGAUUAUGCUUUUAAAUCAUCCAGAUAAAGGAGGAUCUCUUUAUAUAGCAGCCAAAAUCAGUGAAGCUAAAGAUUUACUAGAAGGUCAAGCUAAAAAAAAUGAAGUACAUGUGUGAUGAAAUUUAAAUUCUUAUUAGUUUAUGCAUAUGUACCUUUUAAAAAUAAUAAAAUGCCUCAAUACUAAAAAAAAAAAAGAAAUUGAAGCUGAGAUGAUUCUAUGCUAAU